AUGAUUGAAUCCGUUGCACAAUCGCACGAGUCGGGCUCCAUUCGAGUUCAGCCAGUCUCAUCGUCCAAAAGACAUUCUCGACUGGUCCAAUCAACUGGGCCAAGCGCGAUUCGAGCUCCACUUUCCGUCCUGCCACGACACAGACGUCACGUUCAACCGCGUCACCGCCAAUUACUGCAUUCUUUUAUGGGCUGCACUACUCAUAUUCGUGACGAGUAG